AAUCCGGUCGGCCAGAAAAUUAGGUUUUCAUAUUUUUAACUUGUGCCAUGCAAAUACGUCGUCCGCGUGGUGUAACAACAACUCAGUUAAUGGUUGUAACUGCCAUCGGCUUUUUAGGCGGAGUUUAUAUUUGGAAACCACUUAUACUUAAAUACAAAAACGAACAAAAAGCCGAAAGCGAAGCAGCCCCAACAACAACUACACCAACAAAUACAAGUGCCACAAAAUGAGCUUCAUUAAACAAUUUGCCUCGACCACUGUGGGCUUGAUGGCCAUUGGCAUUGGCUCCACGGCUGUCAUAUAUUGCACCAAUCGUUUUCUAAUCAGACCGAAUUUGGACAAGAAGCGACGCCUUGAAGCUGAGGCCGCUGCGGAGUAUAUAUUUCAACAAGAGACGCAGCGUCGUGUCUAAAGCAGAAACAUAACCCAGAGCUGAGCGUGAAAGAUUAAAUUCACCUUAGGAUAUAAGAAAAAUAACAAAGUAGUUUAGCAAAGAGUAACAACAGAGCCCCAACAAUAAUUAAUUAACUGUGGCAACUGAACAUUUUUUGAUUUAUUGAGAA